AUGGCGUCCAACACCAGUACCGCCGCCUUCACCCACAACUUCCUGUGCCAGCGCCUGCUGCAGGACAUCAAGGAACUGCAAGACAAGCCAUACCCAGGCAUCGCCGUCCACAUCCAAGAUGAUGACAUGACCAAAGCAUGCCUGGUCGUGAGGCCAGAGAACGAGCGCCCACUCCACAUGACCAUGUACUUCCCCAAGCAGUAUCCGCUCGAGCCUCCGGAGAUCUCCAUGGACAGCAAGAACGUCCUGCACCCCAACAUCUUCGACGAUUACAUCUGCAUCAACAUCCUCAAAGGCGCCGACGGCUAUACACCUGCCUACACCCUCAAGGGCAUUUGCAUACAGAUGUUGAGUUUCUUUGCGAGCGCCAAGAUCGACCAGGAUGAGGGCUAUACGGUUGACCGGGCGAAGUGGGCCAAGGUGAUUGAGGAGGAAGAGUCGAGGUGGGGCAUGCUGAGACGGGAUACCGGCAGAUUUGAGUGCAAGAAGUGCGAUUUUGGUUGUGCGACGACUCCAGGUGGCGAUGCCAGACCAUGCGACACUCCCAUGUCAGGAACUUCCGACGUCAAGCCUCCGACUCCACCCAACGACCAGACCGCCACCGACAGCGCCACUGAAGAUGAGGGGGGAAAGAAAGCGAAGCUCCAGCUCGUUGACCUCCCUGAAGACGUCCUCCUCUUGUUCUGCGAUUACCUCGAGGAAGAAGAUCUCUUCCUGGCAGCUCGUGCUUGGAACGGCUUCAGUCGCCUCAUCCGUCGCUACAACAUCAUCCGCACCCGCGAGCUGCAGUGCUUCACCCUCAAGCGUGGCUUCAAGGACCUCGACCUCGGAAUUGGUGUGCAUGCCACCACCCGCCCGCGCGCCAUCAAGUCCGAGUUCGACCUCAUCUCUCGCGACGCCUACGACCUCUACGACGUGCGUCGCUCCAUUCAGGGUCUGCGUUUCGAGUACUGGCUGCCACUUCCAAUCUCAGAGAAGCAUUGGGACCGCGUGCGCAAGGACAUUGACGAGCGACUCAAUGCUAUCGCCAGAGCUGGUGGUGUGGAUGGCACUCUGGACACCGUCAUCUACAACUUCAUGAACGAGAUCGUGGUGCAGCUCUCGACGUCUGCUGCGGAACUCGAGUCUCGUCAGACCCCACGCCACGUCCCAUACCUCCCCAGCUACAUGCGUCAAGAUGCACCCAAGUCGACACUGACGCAUGCAUCGGAGAAGGCCAUCGAGGGCUACUUCCAGCUGUUCCAUCUCCUGCUCUGCCUGGCCAUCGAGCGACCAAGCAUCGUCGAGCACGCCAACAGCAUGCUCAAGAAGUUCAUCGACGGUCAGCGAGACAAGCAAGCUGUGCCCAACCUAGGCCAUCUUCUCAUAAUGAUCCUGAUCAGCGACGUGGACGUCUCCGAGGAGCUCACCAAAGCUCUGAUCAAGGAAGCCGUCACUCGCAACGUCGUCUGGAUGCUCGAACCUCUGCCCAAAGGCAAAGGCAUGCUCGAGCUCAGCUUCAUGGAGACAUCCGCAAUCUCAGACUACCGACUCGAGCGGACCUUCAUCGCCGGCAAGACCUCCUACCGCCUGUUCAUGUUCCUCAACCUCAUGCGCAAGAUCGUCAACCAAGCCCGCACCUUCACCGACAAAGACGGCAACACGCAGAAGAUGACUCUCCAACAACUCCGCGACGAGCUCUUCCGCCGCCACGGCGCCCCACCAAACGGCGCAGCAGCCUCCAUGGCCCAGGCCAUCCGCGACAUCCAGUAUGUCAGCAACUUCCCGCAGUUCCUCGCCAACAUGGGUCUUCCCAUGCCUAACAAGGCGAACUUCACCACUUUUCUGCGCCAGACUGUAAAGGACAGUAUGGACAAGGGAUACUCGCGGUGGGCGUUGCAGCAGGACGCGGCUCUUGACUUUCGGUUGGUUGAGGAUCCUAACGUCGAGGUCCCGGAGGGUAUGCAGCCUCGUCGGUACGGCGGUGGGGCCUCACACCUCAGCUUCUUCCCGGACGGAGGUCGAGGCGGAGGUCGAGGCGGCCGUGGAGACCGGGGUGGCAGAGGUGGAGGUCGUGGACGUGAUCGCGGUCGUGGUGGAUACUGA